GCCAGCCGCGGACUUCAGCAACCUCCUGGACGUGGACGGGGACGGGGAGAUCGGCUACGACGAGUGGGUCGCGGCGUUCAAGUUCGUGGACCAGGACGGACACCAACGGCUUCAUCUCGAGGGAGGAGUUUACGGGUACUGGUGGCCACGGCGCUCUCUUCGACGCCAUCGACACCAGGCGCAAGGGUGGACGGCGGAUCUCGUUGACUGA